AUGUCGGACAAUUCCCCUACUAGCGACUCCAAGUCUCAGGAUCUUCUUUACCCUACUCCAAAGCAGCAUGAAGACCAGCAAGCAUCAACAAGCAACAACCCACAAUCAUGGCCUAGAUUGCGGAAAUGGCCCAUUGUGGGCCUAGCAGCAUACUGCGAAUGUCUCACAUUCCUUGUCUCGAUGAUGCUGGCACCCAGCGUCCCGCAAGUCCUGGAGACCUUUCGGCCAGAAGGGAGUGGUAAGGCUCUGGGAUCCUUCUGUGUUACAGUCUACAUUCUUGGGUUUAUCGUCGGACCCCUCAUUUUGGCGCCGCUUACCGACCAUUACGGGCGUGUCGGCAUAUAUCGCCUGUAUAUCAUUGCUUAUCUUGGCUGGACGGUGGCGUGCGCCCGCAGCAACAGCCUGGAAAGCCUGAUCACUUUUCGUUUCCUGGCAGGCUGCUUCGGUGGCGCUCCUAUGGCGAUAGGGCGAGCUGUGGUUGCAGACCUUUACGGGCCGGGAGAAAGGCCUGGACCGAUGGCUUUCUACUCUUUCGGAACCAUCAUGGGCCCAACCCUUGGCCCCGUGCUAGGUGGUAUAGUUAAUGGAAAUCUUGGUUGGAGAUGGGUAUUCUGGCUGGCUGCCAUCUUGGUAUGA